AUGGCCCCACUCGAGGGGAAGCUUGCGGGCCAGGCCAUGGGCCAGGGCGCCAAGGCCACAGGGCCACAGGGCCACGGCGGGCCAGACAAGGAAAGCGAGAUGGGCGCGGAGCCAGAGUUCGGGAGAGGAGGGGGACACAAAAGCCGGCCACGGGUUUGGGGCGCAGGAGCGUCGCUAGUCGUCGGGUUGUCGCCAACAGCUCGGGAAAUGAGUGGAUGUCUCAGACCCGCGCAGCUUUCACCAGGCGGGUGCGCUUUGCUCUUCCGAUUGGCGGCCGCGGUGACGCCGGUCGUGCCGAUCGCGCGCCAACUCGUCGCGCUGCCCUUUCUUUUUCCCGCCCUGGCCUGCUCUCGAAUCACCACUAGCCUGGAGAACCAUUGGGGCCGAGCCUGGACUCGAAGAGGGAGAUGA